GAAAGCAAUCGGUUUCUGACAACCCUAGUGCAUUUCCUGCCUGCUCUCUGUCAACGUCGGACAGGAGAGACGAAAGAGAUACGGGAGAUAAAUCGAGAGGAUGUUAUUUUAAUUUUCCGCAGAUCAAACACAGCAACUAUAGCCUACGAUUUUUAAACAAUUUCUAAAUUGCUGAACGACGCACAACUUGUCUUUAACUGCAGCGCACUCAAAUGCAUAGAAAAGGUAAGUGACAGACUGUGGGAUUCCGGUUCUCAAACGAUGUCCGUCCAAAGAAGACUUCCUUCGAUAGUAUAUUUUCACCUCUUACUCUGCUUCGUUCUGUGUGAGGAGUAUGUGCCAAGGAACGUGAGAAUCUUAAUUCCAGAUGGUGACACCGACAACAUGGAAUACCAAUGUGUUGCCGAUGGCAACCCACCUCCGACCUAUUUAUGGAGUAGAGAGGGCCUGGACUUGCCUGAUGGUGUGACACCAGACGGGGACAGACUGCGCUUCCCGAGGUUGACCUCUGACUUUAAUGGCCAAUAUACCUGUGAGGUCACAAACUCACAUGGGACCGCCAAAGGCUUCAUAUUACGGCAUAUAGUUGACACCAGUGCCUCAAAGGAUCAUGAUGAGUUCUGAUUUUCUUUGUGGGUAAACUCUCACACACAAAGACACACACACACGCACACAUAUGCACACACACACACCAUUUGGCUACUCACUGCCUACUGAAAUUGUGAAACAGUGGCCUUCCAUUUGAACUGGAGCAAGAGAGUCUGAGCCAGAACCUGAGUUCAGUUUUCAGUACUAACAGAGAACUAUGGAUCCAUAAUGGAUGCAGCGUUCUGUGCACCUGGCUGAAGAAGCCCUUAAAUGGAAAAUCAUCCAUCAUGAUGCACUUUUAAUCUGUAUUUAGGAUGAUAGGAUAAAUACAUAUAUCUAAUAUAUAAAUAUAUACUGUAUAUGUAACUUGUCAUUACUCUUUGUCAAUGUAAUUGCAGUUUGCAGUUUCACAAGGAACAUACUGCCAUUCAAAUUCUAAAGUUACUGUAAUUGCCCUACUAUGCACACUGACUCAUCACAUGGGCAAAUACCUGUCUCACAGUUUGACAAUUAGCAAUCAGAGCUUUAGCAUAAUGCUUGUGAUGUGGAUGAGGUGGUGUGGCCAGACCAAAACAGAAGAGAGGAUGCAGCAUAGUUUUUUGUUUUUUACUGUAACUGUAUACAGGAAAUUUGUCUGUUGUUUUGUAAGUAGACCACUGUAUGUGCAACUUUAUGUUGGUUGGGAUGUGCACUGUGUACACUAUUUUUGUGGGGGGAAAUAAAAUAUAUUUGUUACCGUG